AUGGCAGAGAUGAGGGAGGAGACCGCGAGGGCCGAGGAGAGUGGAAGGCUGAAGACGCUGCAUGAGGAGGCGGCUCACCCGAGGAGCAACUCCGACAUGGAACCGGGGGCGGGGUACUUGAGGAGGAAGACAACCGAAGCCGGGGAGAUGAGAGGCAGGACGGCGGUGGAAGCUGCAGGCGAGGAGGACUACGAGGCCGACAUGGCUGCCAAGUUCCGCCAUCGCUGGGAGGAGCGAUGGUCUGGCUAUUUCGGCUCCUUUGAGGACACAGCGCUUAUUCCCCCGAUGCGUUUCACGGAUGAACCACCUGGGCCACGAGACUUCGCAUGCUCCUACAUGCACACUCUCAACGUCUUCUCAAUCAAGCUUGCUGAACUACAUCGGGAUUUAGCAUGGCCAUUGCAUGUGUUCGGCAUCGUCGCCGCACGCGACACUCUGGAUCACAAUCGUAAUAUCAUCUUCCAUCGCACCAAGGAUAACUGGCAAAUCAUCCACCAGGAGGAUCCCUACCUAGAAUUGACAGGUCCUAUCCGUGGUAUCGUGGUGAUUGAUCCUGUGAAAUUUGAGGUUGUGUUGAAAGUGAAGGGCUCCACUGAAUCUGAGGACAAAGAUUUAAGCUUUCUGGUUGUGCGGUACUUUAGUGGCGGUAGUGAGAGUCGGUCACUUGUGAUCAACAAAAUCAGGACUAACAAGCUUAGCACACUAGAGUUGACAUUCAGCCACAUUGUUCGCUCCGUGGAGGCCACGAUUAGUGUGAGAGUGAUUGGUGGUCCAUGGUCGGAUGGGUUUCGAGGUGUAUUUACCGCUACCACUAGCAGCAUAAAUCACAUGAAGUUCUUGUUGCUUUCUUUUAGAAACUGUAAGUUUCUUGUCAAGUCUGAUGGAAUGAUCUUGCUGUCAUGA